AUGGAAAUGAAUAUUUCACACAACAAUCUCAAAGGUGUAGUUUCAAAUUUUCCACUAAAGAAUCUUCAAUAUUCUCUAAUUCUUGCAUCGAAUCAAUUUGAAGGUCCAAUACCACCAUUUCUACGACGUUCAACGUUUCUUGAUCUAUCAAACAAUAAAUUUUCAAAUUCUCUUUCAUUUUUAUGUGCCAGUGGUGUAGCCGAUACUUUAUACAGUCUAGACCUUUCAAACAAUCAAUUAUCUGGACAAAUUCCAGAUUGUUGGAGCCACUUCAAGUCACUAGUUUAUCUAGAUUUGAGUCAUAAUAAAUUUUCAGGAAAGAUUCCUACUUCAGUAGGAUCACUUCUUCAACUUCAAGCACUGCUAUUGAGAAACAAUAACUUAACAGAGGAAAUUCCUUUCUCGUUGAGAAGUUGCACAAAGUUAGUAAUGAUAGAUAUGGCAGAAAAUGGAUUAUCAGGACCUAUCCCUACUUGGAUUGGAAGCACGUUGCAAGUGUUGCAAAUUUUAAUCUUAGCAAGGAAUCAAUUCUUUGGAAGUUUGCCAUUACAAAUUUGUUAUCUAAAAAGCAUUCAACUUUUGGAUCUCUCACUCAAUAAUUUCUCUGGACAAAUUCCUAAAUGCUUCCAAAAUUUCACUUCAAUGGCUCGAAAGACUCCCUCGAAGGAUCAUCCAAAUCAUUUAUAUUUUUUCAACGCUAAUUAUAUGAGGGGAAAUAGGUCUUAUGAUUUGAAUGCAAUCUUAAUGUGGAAAGGUGCGGAAGAAAUGUUCACGAAUUAUGGGCUUUUCCUUUUAAAAAGCAUUGAUCUCUCUAGCAACAACUUCUCAGGAGAAAUUCCAGCAGAAAUAGAGGAUUUAUUUGCAUUGAUUUCAUUGAAUUUAUCAAGAAACAAUUUGAGAGGAGAAAUUCCUUCAAAUAUUGGAAAGCUUGCAUCACUUGAAUUUCUUGACUUAUCAAGAAACCAAUUUGUUGGUUCAAUUCCAUGGAGUCUUACUCAAAUUGAUCGACUCACCAUGUUAGAUUUGUCGCAUAACCAUCUAAGAGGAGCAAUUCCAACUGGUACACAAUUACAAAGUUUCAAUGCUUCCAGUUAUGAAGAUAAUUUUGAUCUUUGUGGGGCGCCACUUGAGAAAUUGUGUGUUGAAGGGGAACCACCGCAAGAACCAAUUCAAGAGAAAGAUGAUUCGCUCUUCACUCGUGGAUUUUACAUUAGCAUGACAUUUGGAUUUGUUAUAGGCUUUUGGGGGAUCUUCGGCUCAAUCUUGAUUAAGCGUUCUUGGAGGCAUGCUUAUUUCAAGUUCUUGAACAAUUUCAUAGACUCUGUUUAUGUCAUGGUUGCAAUUAAACUUAUCAAGUACAGGCGUUGA